UAAGAGAAAAAGAAGAUUUGAAGGUUAUAUUGAAGUGAUAUUGUUGGUUUCUCCAUUUCUGUGGGUCUGACUCUGCCUCUCUCUUUUCGAGCCAGAACCACCAAAACGAAAAAACCCACACACUGUAUAGCAAACCCUAAUUCUUUGGUCUCAGAUCGCCCAUGGCUUCCACUAAAGAACGCGACAACUUCGUUUACAUCGCUAAGCUCGCCGAGCAGGCCGAGCGUUAUGAUGAAAUGGUGGAUGCAAUGAAGAAUGUUGCAAAGCUGGAUGUCGAAUUGACAGUAGAAGAAAGAAACUUACUUUCUGUUGGAUACAAGAAUGUGGUUGGUGCACGGAGAGCCUCGUGGAGGAUAUUAUCAUCAAUAGAGCAGAAAGAAGAAGCUAAAGGAAAUGAAGCAAAUGCUAAACGCAUCAAAGAAUACAGACAAAAGGUUGAAUCGGAGCUCUCUGGUAUUUGCAAUGAUAUCAUGAUGGUGAUUGACGAGCACCUGAUUCCAUCGGCUUCAGCUGGGGAAUCAACAGUAUUCUACUAUAAGAUGAAAGGAGAUUAUUAUCGUUACCUUGCAGAAUUUAAAUCUGGUAAUGAGAAGAAAGAUGCAGCUGAUCAAUCGAUGAAAGCAUAUGAGGCUGCAACCAGCUCAGCCGAAUCCGAGUUACCCCCUACACAUCCUAUCCGCUUGGGGUUGGCAUUAAAUUUCUCUGUCUUCUAUUACGAAAUUUUGAAUUCACCUGGAAGGGCCUGUGACCUUGCAAAGCAAGCUUUUGAUGAAGCCAUUUCUGAACUUGACACCCUGAAUGAAGAGUCAUACAAAGAUAGCACCUUGAUCAUGCAGCUUCUUAGGGACAACCUUACAUUAUGGACUUCUGACAUCACAGAAGAUGGAGAUGAUGCCCAAAAGAUCAAUGGAACUGCCAAGGCUCCCGGUGGUGACGAUGCCGAGGUAAGUAGCUCAAAACCGUUGGUUUCAGUUAGUCAGUCACACAGUCGAUUUAUACUUAAACCAUUGUUCAUCUGCUGCAGUGAAAGUGGAAAGCAUCUUAAGUGGCACAAUCUUGUACUCUGGAGAUGAUGGAUGCGACUCGGAUAAAUCGCCCUUAGUGUUUAGCAUAAGGAGGGUUCAUUUUAUUAUCUUCCCUUUGUUCUUCUCUUCCCAUUUUCUGAUGCCCCAUUAUUGUGUGGUUUAUUUUUGAGUAUGAUGUCUGAACUUGUUUGGUCUCUAAUCUUUGCAUUCCCACAAAGCUAGCUUUCCCUUCUCAGUGGAUGGUCAAUAGGUUGUAGGGGGAAACUACUUGAAUUGUCAAAUGUGUUUUUUUAUCCAUCCUGUUUAGAUGAAAAAAUGCCAUUGCCCAGAUGGAGGGUUUCUAUUGAAGCAUUACUAUAUAUACAAUGUUUUAUGGUCAA